GCUAGGGUUUUUGGUCUAAUAUAUAAUCUCUAUUGCAAUUUGCGACCUCCUCACUCUCUCUUCCAGUCUUCCAAAUCAUUUAUACUUUCAGGUACAGCCUCCGGCGGCGCCGAAGCUUGGAUUUUCCUCCGCCAAGAAGUCAAUAUGUUUACCGCAUUGCAAAAAAUUCACAAAGACAGGGAUGCUGAUCCCACUGAAUUUGAGGAGUCCGUUGCACAGGCUUUGUUUGAUUUGGAAAACACCAACCAAGACAUUAAGAGUGAAUUGAAAGACCUCUAUAUCAACUCUGCAGUGCAAAUUGAUGUUGCUGGAGGUAAGAAGGCUGUUGUGAUCCAUGCUCCCUACAGACUGAGGAAAGCUUUCCGCAAGGUGCACCCAAAGCUUGUUAGAGAGCUUGAGAAGAAAUUCAGUGGAAAGGAUGUCCUUUUUGUUGCUACCAGGAGGAUAGUACGCCCCCCCAAGAAGGGCUCUGCUGUCCAAAGGCCUCGAUCCCGCACGCUCACUUCAGUCCACGAAGCUGUGCUUGAAGAUGUUGUGUACCCUGCUGAGAUUGUUGGAAAACGUAUCAGAUACAGACUUGAUGGAUCAAAGAUCAUGAAGGUGUUCUUGGAUCCUAAGUCGAGGAAUGAUACUGAGAAUAAGCUGGAAACUUUUGCUGGGGUGUACAGGAAGCUUUCUGGAAAAGAUGUUGUCUUCGAGUUCCCCACAGUGGAGGUUUGAAAACUUGAUGUUAUUCUAGAUUUAGUUUCUUGUUCUGCUUUUAAUGGAUUAAUUAAGAGUUAUUCCAAGUUUUGACCAAGAGAAAUCUGGAUGGGCUAGUAUAUGCUACUCAUUUUUGUAGCAAUUUUAUACUCUUUUCCUAGUUUAAAUGUCACUUUGGUUUAAA